UACUUACUUUGAUAGGGCUGCAGCCGUACCAAACCAUCUCAGAAUUUAUCUUGAGGACACAGGAGGAAGACAAGUUUUCAAAUCCAGAGUAAGUGGAAUUGCCUGGACUGCCAUGGCGGCCUGCUUCUCACUCCUUAAUGCCACAACUGUAAGACCAUUUCACAGUCGAAUGCUUGCUUUCAAUACUCUUAGGAGAAGAGUUCUUCUUCGAAGGCCUUUUUCUGAGAAGAAUCGUGGGGCUGUUAUUUUGGGAGCUGCAUCUAUUGUCCUAAUUUUUGCAGAGAAGGCCUCCCCUGCUGAAUUCCCUGUUAUCGAAUCUAUCCUCUCGCAAGAACCUAAGAAUGCUCUCUCUCUACCAACAUGGGCUAUCCAUGUCUCCAGUGUUGCUGAAUGGGUUUCUGCCAUGAUUUUGGUUUGGCAAUAUGGAGAGAAGCCUGGAUAUGAAACUUGGAAGGGGCUUUCCUGGGCCAUGGUGCCCUUGCUUGGUGGAGCAUUUUGUGCCUGCACAUGGCAUUUCUUCUACAAUUCUGAGUCACUUGAUGUACUGGUGGCUCUACAAGCUGCUCUAACAGUUAUAGGAAACACGACGAUGUGCAUAGCUGCAUUUCGCAUUUUCAAAUCAACUCAAGGUGAUUCCAAAUCUCCAUAGGUAGAGCCCAUUUGGUUAAGCCUUACAGGUUGCUCUUUCAAGUUUGAAGAGAAAUACAGAUGAAAGUGAAGAGCCGUCGUUUGAUGCGGCAGUGGUGGCUACUUCUAGCAAUAUAUAUACAUUUGCCCUUGGAUUUUCGUGAUUUCUCACCCUGCUGUAGUUAACAGGACAAGAAGAAAGCUAUCUUGGGAUUUGUAAGUGAGAGAGAUGAAUGAAACCUUUUUAGGGUAUCUGUGCAUAUUAUCUGGCCAUGUUUGUGGACUGUACAUUUCAAUUCUUCAAAGAUCCUCAAAACUAUAUUAUUUUUGGAGCUCUAAAUUCGUGAAUUUGUUGUGGAAAGUGAUUUGGAAUGUAUUUUGGGUUCUAAAACCUUUGAAAACGCUGGCCGCCGAAUGAGUUGACAGGCUCAAAACUUUUCUGGUUUUAUACAUAAAUAUUAUUUAUUUAUUUAU